AUGUCGGGUUAUGCUAAAUUCAUGAAGGAGCUGGUCCCUAAGAAGAGAAAUAUGGACUUCAAAACAAUUGAAGUUUCUCAUAAUUGUAGUGCCGUUAUGACUAGUGAGAUGAUUAUAAAGAAACAGGAUCCUGAGGCAUUCACCAUCCCAUGCACCAUUGGUAUGCUUCAAUUGAUUAAAGCUUUAUAUGAUUUUGGAGCAAGUAUCAAUUUGAUGCCCUAUGCAAUCUUUAAACAACUUGGGAUGGGUGAACCAAAAUCAACCACAAUGCGGCUCCUUAUGACAGAUCGGUCAAUCAGACACCCCGUUGGAAUACUCUAUGACAUAUUGGUAAAGGUGGAUCGAUUCAUAUUUCUGGCUGAUUUUGUUAUUCUUGAUUUUGAGAUUGAUACUGAUGUUCCUAUUAUUUUUGGUAGACAAUUUUUAGCAACUGGAAGGGCCCUUAUGGAUGUUGAAAGUGGGGAGUUGAAAUUCCGGGUGAACGAAGAUGAGGUCACCUUUAAUGUGUGCAAAUCAAUGAAACACCCGAGUGAUAUUUAUGUGGUUUCAACGAUUGAUAUAAUUGAUGCAGCGAUGGCCAGAUUAGGUGAAUACUCAAGAAACCCACUGAAGCUCGACAUUGAUCUAAGGAAUCGAGAAAAUCCUCCCGCCAAACCAUCCACGGAGGAACCAUCAAAGCUUGAGUUGAAAGUGCUCCCCGCUCAUCUUCGAUAUGCAUUUUGGGGGGCAAAUAACACCUUGCCCGUUAUCAUUCCAAUUGAUUUGCUUGAAUGGGAUUUAAAAUUGCUUCUUGAGGUGUUGAGAAGCUACCAAUCGAGUAUUGGAAUGACUCCUUAUGAAGCCUCAUACAGAAGAAAAUGCUGGACCCCUCUUUGUUGGAGUGAAGUUGGUGAAAGAAAGCUUGUUGGUCCUGAAAUUGUGCAACAAACAGAGGACAAGGAAAAAAUUAUAAAGGAUCGUCUAAAGAUUUCUUCGAAUAGACAAAAGUCGUACGCUGAUCUUAGAAGGCGUGACAUUGAAUAUCAAGUUGGAGAUAAAGUAUUCUUAAAGGUGUCUCCGUAG